UUUUCCACUCGGUCUGCAGGAGGUUAGCCAAGCUGAGCGAGGAGGAACACUUUAGCAGGCCCGUAUAAAUGAAAUUCACUCGUCAGUCAGGGACCUCAUUUCAUUGCGGACUAACAGAGCGCUCCGUGCGCGACUGAGCGAGCACCCACGCCGCGCCACCCUGAUACAGAAAGGCGGACAAGUGUACUGGAGCGAGUAAGAGGCGUUAUUCUCCGAGUCCCGUACAGCUGAAUGGCCCGGGGUGAAAAGAUGCAUUGCUUAAAAGAUUUUCACAAGGACAUCCUGAAGCCCUCCCCUGGGAAGAGCCCUGGGACAAGACCAGAGGACGAGGCAGAUGGCAAGGUCCAGCGGGAGAAAUGGGCCAGCAAGCUCGACUUCAUUCUAUCUGUCGCCGGGGGGUUCAUCGGGCUUGGCAAUGUCUGGAGGUUCCCGUAUCUCUGCUACAAGAAUGGUGGAGGUGCUUUUCUUAUCCCAUAUUUUAUCUUCCUGAUUGGUGGAGGUCUGCCCGUGUUCUUUCUGGAAGUUGCUGUUGGCCAGUACACAUCCCAAGGAGGAAUCACCUGCUGGGAGAAACUCUGCCCAAUUUUCUCUGGAAUUGGCUGUGCCUCCGUCGUCAUCGUGUCUCUGUUGAAUGUCUACUAUAUCGUGAUCCUGGCCUGGGGAAUAUACUACCUCUUCCAGACCUUCCAGAGCGAGCUGCCCUGGGCCAGGUGUGGUCAUACCUGGAACACCGAUCACUGCAUCGAGGACCGUCUGCGCAAGAACCUCUCUGACUGUGCCAGUUGCAACACCACCAACUACACCUCCCCCGUGACAGAAUUCUGGGAGCGGAAUGUUCUGGGUCUGUCGUCGGGCAUCGAGAAGAUAGGCGCGCUGAGGUGGGAGUUGGCUCUGUGUCUGCUUGCCGCUUGGGUCAUCUGUUUCUUCUGCAUCUGGAAGGGUGUCCGAUCCACCGGGAAGGUUGUGUACUUCACUGCCACAUUCCCCUUCCUGAUGCUGUUGGUGUUGUUAAUCCGUGGAGUCACCCUGCCAGGAGCAACUCAGGGAAUCAAGUUUUAUCUGUAUCCUGACAUGACACGCCUGGGUGACCCACAGGUCUGGAUUGAUGCAGGAACUCAGAUUUUCUUCUCCUAUGCAAUCUGCUUGGGUGCGAUGACGUCCCUGGGGAGUUACAACAAGUACAAGUACAACUGCUACCGGGACUGCUUACUGCUGGGAUGCCUGAACAGCGGGACGAGCUUUGUAUCUGGAUUUGCCAUCUUCUCCAUCCUUGGCUUCAUGGCGCAGGAGCAAGGCAUACACAUCGCAGAUGUGGCCGAGUCAGGUCCCGGUCUGGCAUUCAUCGCUUACCCUAAAGCUGUGAGCUUGAUGCCUUGGCCAACAUUCUGGGCCGUCUUGUUUUUCGUAAUGAUCCUUCUUCUUGGCUUGGACAGUCAGUUCGUGGAGGUAGAAGGUCAGAUCACUUCGCUGGUGGACCUGUACCCGUCCUUCCUAAGGAAGGGUUACCGAAGGGAAAUCUUCAUCGCUAUAACCUGCACGCUUAGCUACCUGAUGGGCCUGGCUAUGGUCACCCAGGGCGGUCUAUAUGUGUUUCAGCUGUUUGAUUACUAUGCAGCCAGUGGCAUGUGCCUCCUCUGGGUCGCGUUCUUUGAAUGCAUUGCAAUAGCAUGGGUGUAUGGAGCCGACAACUUCUACGACGCAGUGGAGGACAUGAUUGGGUACCGACCAGGGCGGUGGAUGAAGUGGAGCUGGACAGUCAUCACUCCAUUCCUCUGCAUGGCUUGCUUCGUGUUCUCUCUGGCCAAGUACACACCUCUGACCUACAACAAGUUGUACAAGUACCCGGACUGGGCAGAGGGAGUCGGCUGGCUGCUCGCCCUCUCCUCCAUGAUCUGUAUCCCGCUGGUGGUGGUGGUGAAGAUCAUUCAUUCAGAUGGGCCGAUCAUUGAGCGGAUCAAGAUGCUCACAGCACCCAAAGGAGAAGGCAGAAAGCCCAAAGAUGUGGCUCUGGAUGCUGAAGCUGUGGUCCCACUCAGUCCCAAUGGGACUGUGGAAAGCGAUGGAGGGAAGCCACCGCAAAUAAUUAUAGAAACUGCGAUGUAAGCUCUCUGUGAGAGACUCAAUUUCUGCUUUUUUUGAUGAACUCUAGUCUUUUUAGGACCAGUUCCCUCUCCCCCACCCCUCACCUAGUCCAUUCACAGCAGCUGGUCCCAGCCCACUGGUGUUCCAGCAACGUUGGAAUUGAUCUAGCAACCCAUCGAAAUUGUCUAAGUGGUCAACCUGCUGCCCCCCCCCCCCCCCCCCCGCCACCUCCCCUUCCCUUGUCACCACCCUCGGAUCUCGCUGUGUAGCGUGGAGUCCUUUGCAGGUCCUCCUGGGUGGAUGGCAUUACCCUGUCAAAGUGCUGGGUGUUCCAGUCCCUGCCCCUCUCUACCAAUACCAGCAGCCCUUAAAUAUUACUGGGGCAAUGUAUUACAAAAAGAGUUCCAAUUCAAAACACUGAACUCUGUAGAAGUCUGCUGUCCCCCUCCCAUCCCCUUCCCCCUCUGACACCCUCCCCCCUCCCCUCCCCUCCCAGAAAUCAGGGGGAGUUCCCAAAUCCCACACAACACUGGACCAAUCCCCCCGUAAACAGCAGGAUCCCGUGGCCAGGAGAUGGUGUGGCUGGAGGCUGCUUUGUCAAUGACAUACAGCUGGUAGAUUUACAAAAAGCUUAAAAAAUAUAUGUUGCACAGUGUUUUAAGACUUUUUUGUGUGUAUGAGUGUGUGUCAGUGUGCGUGCGCGCGUGUGCGAGCCUGUAUGUAAGAAUAAUUAAUUAAAUUUACAUUGUACCUGUGGCUUUUUGUAACAAAGAUCAUUGUGCACAUGAUCCCAGCAUCAAUAUUGUAGAGAGUUUGAGGAAGAUUUUAAAAUCCUUGUCGUUUUUUUUGUAUGGAGCGUAUUUUUCAAUCCACGACAACUUUGUGUUAAUCUGUUGUAGGUUUACUGUAUAUUUUACUGAGAAACAUUGAAUAUAUUGCAGCUUAACAGUGCUACUGGUCUGUCACUGGAUCUUUUUGGCAUGGACUAGUUGGGCAAAAAGGCCUGUUUCUGUAGUGACUGAGUAUUUCAGGAGUGUUUAAAGAUAGUCACUCUCUCUCUCUCUAUCUCUACCUCUCUUCCCUUCCCUCCUUCUCUCUCUUUGCCUCCACCUGCCUCUGCCUGUCCCUUCUCCCUCCCUCCCUUCCCCACCUCUCUUCCCCACAUCCUUCUCCCACCCUUUCUCUCACCCUCCAUCACUCUCUCUGUCUUGCUCUCCCACCCCAGCCGAACGGGCCCCCAUGUCACCAUGUUGGGUUGGCGAUGGUGCGGUGGGGGGUGGGGGAGAGUUAACACGAUGCUGGACUGUCUGUACCCCAGACCUGGAGAGUGAACCUGAGCCCAUUCCGACCCUCUUUCCACACACAGAUGUAGGGUUAAUGUUGAGGGAGGGGCAAGAGAUAUUGCCCCAACGCCCUGCCGUGGACACUGGGUGCUGCAUCUCUUGACUGCAGCUUAAGUACCACCCCCACCCCCUUCCCAUCCCAUGUGAGCUGCCCCUGCAGCCUGAAGUAACAGAGACCCUUUCUGGAUGCCUGGAAGGGAAAUGUGAUGCUUUGGGCAGCCCGGUGCUAACUGGAAAUCACACCCCACCAUUCAGGUGAGUGGGGAGUAGGGAGGUGGGAUUUGGGCACCCCCAGUUUCUGUGCCAGUUGAUUUCGGGGUGCCUGGUGACAAACUUACUCAGAGCGGACUUCAAGGUCCCUUGCUCCCAACACCCGUACUGCUCUUGUCCCAGUUGGAGAAGAGCUCGAUUCCUCCAUCUCCCAUGUGGUUCAAGUCCCAGACGGGGAGGGGUAUCUGCCCCCAUUUCCCGGUCUCACACAGGGAGGGAACGUUUCUCCUAACACCCACCCACUUGGAGUUAGCAGCAUUGUCCAGGGUGAGUCUGGUACCGUUGCCGGGCUGUGCAUAGUGAGGGUCCAGGCAAACCCGGGGGGAGAGAGACACGCACCUGAGGAUGCAGACUGUGGGCCGUUGUAGAUACCCGGGCAGGGACAGUUGCACUGAGGGAGGUGGACAGUUGAGUGUGUGCCAUUGAGAACUCCCUUGGCAGAAGGAAACCAGUACUGAAAGCAGCUCACACUACACUGAUCUCUAUUCAGUGAUUAAUGUGUAUUUAAAAAACCUGCAUUUGCAGAGACGCUCUCUGAUGUAGUGAAGUCACUCUGAUCCACAGGCUCCCCACCUCCAGCCCCUCUUAAUGCCCUCUGUAAAUACAGGUGCCCCGAAUUACAUAGCAUUUUAACUCCUUUUUUUAAUGUGUCAAGACGACAGAUUUGCAAUCUUAGAUACCAAACACUUUUCCUAGUGAAUAAGCUUUGAAAAAUGAUGUGCAUUUUUGUUUUAUAUACGGAAAUGUUGCGUUCUCCAAAUUCGACAAGUUCGCUGGUAAUAUUCUCGACUUGUGUCGAAUGGUUUCGAUUUCAUGGCAGGAAUCCUGGCCACCGACUCUUUGGUGAAGAGCUGGGGAGUGUAAGGGAUCUAGCUGCCAUUCCAUUCCCACUCUCAACACAACCUGAAGGUGGGAAGCAGGAUUUACCUCCUCAGCCUGAGAUUUCCCCUCACUCUCUCCCAUUCCCUGUCUCCCCAGACCCCCCCCCCCCCCGCUCUCUCUGCUAUACCCCUUUACCGUUGUUAUCUUUCCCUUCCCCCCCUCACCCUACUUACACACCUACCUUUCUGUCAAACUCUGGGACACCAGGCCUGGUGGUGAAGGGUUUCUGGUGAGUUUGUAAGGGUGGGGUGAGUCUUGUUGUCCCAGAGUUGCUGUCUGGGGGCCGGUUCCUGUCCAUAUCUGUCCAGUUCUCACGGUUUCUCCAUUUGAACCAAAACUCGGUUCGAUGUUUAGCAGUUUGCAGUUUUUUUUUAGACAGAUAAAGGAUAUAAAACAUAUGUAUUUAUAUAAUACAGUAUAUUCAUGUGUCAUGUGCUUUCUUAGGUAACAGUUUGAAUUGUAUUAGAAACCUUGAUCUUGUACGUGUGAGUAAAAAAAUUAAUAAAUGUUUACAGUUUUCACUGAC